CUGUUCUGCUUUCGAGAACAGGCACCAUCUUCCGUGUACUACAUUCCAAACUUUAUAACGCCGGAAGAAGAGGAAGUGUUCAAGUCCUGCAUACUCAACGCACCUCAACCGAAGUGGACCGUACUGUCGAAUCGCCGAUUGCAAAACUAUGGCGGUCUGGUUGGUCGGAAAGCACUAAUACCGGCUAACGAUAUACCUUCGGAACUGAACGGUCUUAUGAAGAAGAUUGACAGUCUAGGUGUUUUCCCACGUCCAGCAAAUCAUAUUUUGGUUAACGAGUACACUCCUGGUCAAGGAAUUAUGCCACAUACUGACGGUUCGGCUUUCUACCGACUAGUAUCGACUGUAACUUUGGGUUCACAUACACUUCUUGACUUGUAUAAGCCAAUCAACCAAGAGGUGGGCUUAAUUUCCAACUUUCCAGAUCGUUUCCGUUACGACAUGGUGGACCCUGGUAUUGAUUUACUCUUAGUUGGGUUUUCUAAUUGA